ACUGGCUGCCCAUCCCGGACCUUGAAUGCUCCAAUUUUUCUUCCUCCCUGCCCUUUCAUCCCCAACUGUCCUCGAUCUCUGCUCCCCCACGCAGCAGCUACCUCCGCGUCUGCAGCCGUCCCGGCCAAGCUCACAGCAACAGAUGAUGGUAGAUGAUAUAUAAUAAAGCAGUAUUAACGGGUGCUGAAUUUUACCGUAUGGGUACUGUACGGACCCGAAUAAGAUUGGGGUGUGCAUUAGAUGAUUAAAAGACAAGGAAUCAGAAUAUUUUCUCACACGUAUAUUGGAUAAGAAUCAUGAGUGGUGCUUCCAAAAAAUCUCAUGAAGAGAGUGGCCAUUCUUCUUCCAAAUAUGGCCACGAGGAUGUUCCCUCAUACCCGAGGCUUAUGUCAGCUGUAUCAAAUGACUAUCAUCCCUCUCACGACUUGGGUCAAGAAAAUCGGAUAGCAAAGCUUCCCCGCAUAGAAUCCCGCGAUGCAGAUAGGAGGUCUCCUAUGCAUUCAAUUUAUCGAAUGCCAUCAUCGUCAAUGGAUGACUCACAUUCAGACCAUCUCGCGGGUUCUGAAAGCAGAUUGGAAUCGCGGGAGUUAAAGGAUAACAGGGACCCCAGGGUUGAGAACCGAGAACUGAAGAUGGAUCAGAGGGAAUUGUAUUCUUCUGAAGCAAAAAGGGAUAUCCAGAGUGGAAAAAUUGACAAAGAUGGCAAGUUCGAGACUAGAGUGGAUGAGAGUAAAAAGACAAAAUAUGAUGCGGAGAGUCAUACUGAUCUUAAGGGUGAUUUCAAGGCGGAAAAGGAUGGUCACAGUGCUGGAAGUGGUUACUUGAAUUGGAAGGACUCAAAGGAGUACCACCGAGGGAAAAGAUACCCUGAUUCUUCGGGAGUAAGUAUUGAUUCAUGGCAUAUUUCACGCAAUAGUUCACAAGGGCCCUUUGAGACUACGAAAGAAGAUUCAACCAUGGAAGAGAGGGGCUAUGGUGAAGCACAUGAGGCUAUUGGGGAGAAUAAAGUUGACCUGAAAGCUGAGGAUAAGCUGAAAGAUAAGGAUAGGAAAAGGAAAGAUUUGAAACAUCGUGAUUGGGGAGAGAAGGAUAAGGAGAGAAGCGAUCGUAGGAGUACUCUGCCAGUAGGUAUCAGCAGCAGUGAUGGCAAAGAGUUUGCUAGAGAUGACAGAGAAGUGGAGAGGUGGGAUAAGGAGAGGAAAGAUCUCAUAAAGGACAAGGAAAGGUUAAAAGAAAGAGAAAAAGAUCAUUCAAAGAGGGAAAUGUGGACUGGUCCGGAGAAAGAUGUAUUACACCCUGAGAAGGAGUCGUUGGAUGUGCCUGUCAAAAUGACAGAGCAAGAAAAUCCAGCUGCGGAGCCAAAGAAACAUAAAGACUCUGAUGGUUGGAAACAUGCUGAUAAGGAGCCCAAGGACAAGAAGAAAGAAAGAGACUCAAACAUAGAAGGAGAAAAGAUUGAGAAGCGCGGUAGAGGAUAUGACAAAGAAUCAGAAGAUGGAUAUGCAGAUGGUGAUGGGGCAGAAAGGGAAAGGGAAGUUUUCAAUUAUGAUGGAGUCCAGCAGCGCAAGAGAAUGCUUCGUCCAAGAGGCAGCCCUCAAACAGCAAGUCGAGACUCUCGUUUUAGGUCCCGUAUGCAGGAUAAUGAAGGGUCUCAAGUUUCAGGCAAAGCUGAAGUCUGUUCGGUUGUAUAUAAAGUUGGUGAAUCCAUGCAAGAACUGAUUAAAUUGUGGAAAGAAUAUGAGUUAUCUCCAUCUGAUCAAAAUGGGGAAAGCUCUCGUGGUGGUCCAACUCUCGAAAUUCGAAUACCAGCAGAGCAUGUUACUGCUACAAAUCGCCAAGUUAGAGGGGGCCAGCUCUGGGGGACUGACAUAUAUACUUACGAUUCUGAUCUUGUUGCUGUUCUAAUGCAUACAGGUUUUUGCCGACCCACAGCUUCUCCACCGCCUUCUGCCAUCCAAGAACUACGUGCAACUAUUAGAGUUCUUCCCCCACUUGAAAGCUAUAUUUCUACUUUGAGAAACAAUGUUCGUUCCCGUGCCUGGGGAGCUGCAAUUGGUUGUAGUUAUUGCGUUGAGCGCUGCUGCAUCGUGAAGAAAGGGGGUGGUACAAUUGAUCUUGAACCUUGUAUUACACAUACAUCAACAGUGGAGCCUACACUUGCCCCAGUGGCAGUGGAGCGGACAAUGACCACAAGAGCAGCAGCUUCGAAUGCAUUACGGCAACAAAGAUUUGUACGAGAAGUUACAAUACAAUACAACUUAUGCAAUGAGCCUUGGAUUAAGUACAGUUUAAGUAUUGUUGCUGAUAAGGGUCUGAAAAAGCCACUCUACACAUCUGCACGGUUGAAAAAGGGAGAAGUGUUGUAUCUGGAAACGCAUUCCUGCAGGUACGAGUUGUCUUUCACUGGAGAGAAGAUGGUCAAAGCCACCGUUCAGCUGCAGGAGGCAGACUCAGAGAAGUCCCAGAAUAACCACGCAUAUUCGAUGAAUGGGGAAAGAAAUGAAAGCGACAAUAUGGUGAUUGAUGUAUUUCGGUGGUCUCGUUGUAAAAAGCCACUUCCCCAAAAAGUAAUGCGCUCAAUAGGAAUUCCUCUGCCCCUUGAAUACGUGGAGGUCCUGGAGGAGAAUCUGGACUGGGAGGAUGUGCAGUGGUCACAAACUGGUGUUUGGAUAGCUGGAAAAGAAUACUUGCUCGCUCGGGUGCACUUCCUGUCGCCGAACUAGUUCUCUAAUGUGUAUGCUUUGGAUGCAUGCAGUGAUAUCAAUGCUUAUUUUAAUGAGUGUAGGAUGUGUCUAUAUUGUGUGUGUUUUUCUUUUUCUUUUUCUUUUCUUUUUUUAAAUUUUUGGCCCACUUUUGGCCCCAUCCUGCUGGUCUUUAAUGAUAUGAUUUAAUAGCUUCAGCGACCACGACUGGUUCUUGUAAGGUGAGAAAUGGUUGGAGGCUGAACCUCAAGUAGGAAUCGCGUUCUUAAUUUGCUGCUCUGCCA